GACACAAACAAAGAGAGAGAUACUGAUCACUGAAACCCUAAAAUUUACAGCCUUUUUCUCUCUCUCACCUGAGCUUCCUAAAAACCUCGUUUCUUCACAUCACUCUCCUUGAAUUUUACAACUUAUUAUUACUUGUUUUUUUCUACAUUUUAAUUAAUCUCUUUUUGAUUUUGUUGAUUGUUUUUGUUUCGUUUUGUUUUGUUUAUUUUUUGGUUUUGAAUGGCCACGGCGCCGGAUUCUUCUGCAGAUAACUCACCAAGUUCACCGGCCGCCAAGGCUGAUGGUGCCGCCACCGGAGCCACCGUCAGCAGUCCACAGUCUCGACGGAGUUUACAAGCACCGUGGGCACAAGUAGUCCGUGGCGGCGGCGGUGAGGUUGAAGCAGCAUCAGUAUCCAAUCCUCGCUCGCCGUCACCGUUGUCGCCCGCUGCCGUUGUUUCGCCGGAGAAAAUUUCUAUAUCGGAUGAUUGCUCGGCCGCCCAAAAGUCUUCGCCGGAAAACUCUACUUCCGAUGCUUUGCCGGAGAGUUCUGGUAGUAACGACGGCAAUGUAGGUCGGCCGAAAAAGCAUGCUUGGAAUAAACCCUUAAAUGGCGUCGUUGAGGCUGUUACUGUUAUGGGUGGGGCCCUCUCUUGGCCCGCUCUCUCUGAGUCUACUCGGCCCGGCCCAAAAUCAUCUGCUGAUUCAUCAAAACCAAUUCCAGAUGGAUCCACUUCUGUUUCUCAGGGUCCAAUAAUUUCUCAGUUACCUCAAAAACAAGCUAAUAGUAAUGCAAACACAAAUUCAAAUGCAAACCCUAGUACCCCUGUUAGACAAAGAUCAAUGAAACACAGAGGAGGUAGCAGCAGCAGUGGUGGUGCUGGUAGUGGCCCUGGUGGUGGAGGAUUUAUUAGAACUCCGCGUCCGCCUCCAACUCCACCUCCAUUGCCUCCACCAUUUCCUGGAAUGCCUCCCUAUGGGAAUCUGAUACCACCGCCUCCACCGCCUGUUCUCGAGCCUCAUGUAAGAGGUCCAAGGUCUGUUGGAGGAUUUCCGUCUCAGCCGCAUUCAGCAGGUGAUCAUUCUCCCCAUAGAAAUUAUGGCAGGAAGGGUGGUAACUUUGGGGGACGACCCCGUGGAGAUGGAUCUUAUCAUAAUAACCACGGGGGCAGGCGUGAUCAAGAUCGGAGAGACGUUCAUAUGGCUCCUCCUCAGUUUGGUCCUCCUCAUGCAGCUUUCAUGCGGCCCCCACCUGCUGGUUCUGGUCCAUUUCUUCCACACACAUCUCUGAGACCCUUUCCUGUGCCAAUGGGAUAUGAUAUGGGUCAAUUCUAUUAUGUUCCAUUGAGUCCAGAGUCCUUUACUAGUGUGCCAAUUAUCAACCAAGCUCCACCACUACCCCAACCUUUCCCUUUAGUGGAUCCAAAUUUACCUCCCUCCUUGGUUAAUCAGAUAGAGUAUUACUUCAGUGAUGCUAACCUGGUAAAAGAUAACUUUUUGAGGUUAAAAAUGGAUGAGGAAGGCUGGGUUCCUAUUAAAUUAAUUGCUGAAUUUCCUCGAGUUAAGAGUUUGACAGAUAAAGUUCAGUUUGAUAAUAUCCAGUUUAUUUCGUAUUGUUUGGCGACUUCAAUGCUUGUAGAAGUGCAGGAUGAGAAGAUAAGGAGACGGGAUGAUUGGAGGAAAUGGACGCAUACUUCUUCCCCAUUUGCAGCUGAUUCAGGUUCUUCAGCACCUGUUGCAUCAACAGAUGGUGGUCUAACAACUUCCUUGCAGAAUGUCUCUUUGAACGAAUCAGCUACAAAUAGUAGUGGUGCUACAGAAGCGACCAAUGCUCCAAUGGAUGUGCCUGUCGGUGGCUUAUCAGACGAAUCGGCUAAUCAAUCAACACUGGCUCAAGGAGGCAGCGCUGAAGAAAUCUCUUCCGGCCACGCAUGAAACAAUGGUGUUGAUUUUGCGUAUUUUGCAACGAGUGGCGGACUCUGUCUUGCAUACUGAUUCAAUUACAAAAGGUGUAUUUGGAAGGUUAUACAUACAUCAUUGCUGCCCCUGGUGGAGUCAUAUUUUUGCAGUUUUUGAGGUGAGUGCAACAAUUAAAAACUAAUGUGUAAGUUAUCUGGUAUAGAGAGCGGAACGACAGUGGAGAUUAAAAGGAUAUACAGUUGAUAGGUUUGAAACUUUUGAGUUGUUUGGCUCGUCACUUGCAUUAUUGAUGCAGGGUGAAUUCGGAUUUUGAGCCUAAGGAUAACUUUUUUGGGUUGAAAUUUACCUCCAUUUUAGAGGAAAGAUUCUGAAUAUGUAGAAAGUUUAUUGCUUGGCUGGUAAAGAGGGCGAUUGAGCGCUGCUGAUUUUGUUAUACUUAUCUAGGCAUAUUGAUUGUUACAUUAUUUUGUUUUAUUCUAA